AUGUUGAGUCCUCCGGUCGAGAUCAAAGUCCAGCCACGUCAGACCGAUCCGCAAUGCCACCGACCACCUCCACCUCCUCAGCCGCAGCCGCGCUCUUUUCGGCUGUACAAGAAAUGGUUCCCAUGGUUUGUCCCGUCCAUUGUUGUUGUCAACAGUGUCCUGUUUCUGGUUUCAAUGUACAUUAAUAAUUGUCCUCACAACUCUAAUAGAUGCAUUGGAAAAUCGGUCUUAGGCCGGUUCGCGUUCCAGAACACCCAUGAAAACCCUUUGCUCGGUCCAUCGGCAGCUACGCUAUUAGAAAUGGGGGCACUGCGCACAAGGGAAGUGGUCGAAAAACAUCAAGUAUGGCGACUGGCCUCGUGUAUGUGGUUGCAUGCAGGAGUGUUUCACAUUGUUGCCAAUAUGGUGAGUCUGCUAUUUGUUGGCCUUCGGCUCGAGGAGGAGUUUGGAUUUGUGCGGAUUGGUUUGCUGUAUGUUAUAGCUGGAAUUGGAGGAAGUUUGUCAUCGUGUUUGUUUGUGCGUACAACUAUCUCUGUUGGUGCUUCUGGUGCAUUAUUUGGGUUACUUGGUGCAAUGCUUUCUGAACUCUUUGUCAAUUGGACAAUAUAUGAAAAUAAGUUCGAAGCAGUAUUAACUCUCGUUGUCAUCAUCGUUAUAAACCUUGCUGUUGGAAUCCUCCCUCACGUCGACAACUUUGCACAUCUAGGAGGAUUUAUUACUGGAUUUCUGCUGGGAUUUGUCCUUCUGAUUCGCCCUCCUUUCGGAUAUGUAAAACAACGAUCCGCUCCUUCUGGUUACUCUGCGAAGUCACGCAAAUCCAAGUACAAGUUAUAUCAAUACAUAAUGUUAGUUGUUUCACUGAUACUUCUGAUAGUAGGAUUUGUUGUUGGCUUGAAUUUGCUUCUUCGAGGGGUUGAUGGGAAUCACUAUUGUUCUUGGUGUCAUUAUUUAAGUUGUGUACCUACACCAUUCUGGACUUGCGAAGCACGGUGCUUGGUUAGCCAACUUGAAAAUCAGCUGAAUAUGACAUGCAUAAAGAACCAGAGACACAAAUUUUACUUAUUGGAUAAUGGCAAUAACACAGCACAGAUUCAGAAGCUUUGUGUUGAUCUCUGCAAUUGA